CCGGAGCAGCUUUUGAAAAGUCAAUUUUGCACUAAACCUUUUGCGACGUGGGGCUGCAGCUAGAUGGCGAUUGCUCCACCGUGGCACUCGUGAUCCAAAUGGCUCACCAGUGUGGUUGGAGGUCACAACCGUACCACAAUGGAACCAACGGGGAUCCAAAUGGACAAUUAGAUGCCCGUUUACCAAAUGCAACGACUUUUGCUCUCGAGUCAUAGCAAAGACCGCCGAAUCUACUCGGAAUCUCUGCAUCAACGCUCCCUUGCAAUGUCUUCGUCUUCGUCGUCCUCUUCGUCCGCUGCCCAAACAGAUGCUGAAACUCUCCGCCUUAAACGAAUUAACUCUAGCAAGCUCUAUCUCCAUGUAAUUCCCUCCAAGGUUCCGAUUAUCUACUCUUCUUAUUACGAUAUCAGCUUCCUCGGAAUUGAGAAACUGCAUCCGUUUGAUUCUUCAAAAUGGGGCCGAAUAUGCCGAUUCCUGAUUUCGGAAGGUUACCUGGACAAAAACUCUAUUGUUGAGCCAUUGGAAGCUACAACAGAUGAUCUACUUGUGGUGCAUACAGAAGCAUACCUGAAUAGCCUGAAGAACAGUGUGAAUGUUGCCAUGAUAACUGAGGUUCCUCCUAUAGCGAUAUUACCCAAUUGCCUUGUUCAAACGAAAGUUCUUUAUCCGCUCCGAAGGCAGGUGGGUGGAACUAUUCUGGCAGCUAAGCUCGCAAAGGACCGAGGAUGGGCUUUCAAUGUUGGAGGAGGGUUUCAUCAUUGUUGUAGUGGAAGGGGAGGUGGAUUUUGUGCAUUUGCAGACAUAUCUCUUUGCAUUCAUUUUGCUUUUGUUCGGUUAAAUAUAUCAAGGGUGAUGAUAGUUGAUCUAGAUGCACAUCAAGGAAAUGGUCACGAAAUGGAUUUUGCUGAUGAUGGGCGUGUGUAUAUUUUGGAUAUGUACAACCAUGAAAUAUACCCAUUUGAUAUGACAGCUAGAAGUUAUAUUAAACAGAAGGUUGAAGUAGCGACUGGGACUACAACUGAUGAGUACUUGAAGGAAUUAGAUAAAGCACUUGAGGUAGCAAGGGGUAAUUUUGCCCCUGAGUUGGUUGUUUACAAUGCUGGUACCGAUAUCCUUGAUGGAGAUCCACUUGGUGGAUUAAAGGUUAGUCCAGAUGGGGUAGUCCAAAGAGAUGAGAAGGUCUUCAGGUUUGCUCGUGAGGGAAAUAUCCCUCUUGUCAUGGUCGCUUCAGGUGGCUAUAUGAAAACCAGUGCCAGAGUCAUAGCAGAUUCCAUAAUAAACCUCUCAAAGAAAGGCUUGAUAGAUAUAGCCGGUCGCUGAGGAAGAAGAUAAAUGACAAAAGGCCCCUUUGCUGUUAUACACAGUCCAUGACAAAAGGCGAAUUCCUCUGAAGAAUUUCAAAGGCAUGAAUUCUGGGUUUCCUGUGAGUUUGUAACUGGAAGUGCUACUUGCAAUAUAAGCAAGCAACAAGGGUUAGAAAUUAGGAGAAGUGCAAAUUUUAUGUAACAAUAACACUUGUAAGAGCGUGAGUGUGUUGGGUGGUUCUUCGCUGAGUAGUUGAACCUUACAGGUGUGUCUCGUAUGAAUGGCUAUGACCCAAAGAUUGAUUAAGAUUAUAAAAGGUUGCAAUGUUUAUAAUUUUAACAGGACGGUCCAUUUCCAUGCUGCUAUCCGCCAGUGUCAGACUUGUCUAGUAUUUGUUGUUUCUGGACCCGUGUCCAUGGGCUUCAACUGGAAUGGGAGAUGAGUUAAGAAUAUGAAUUGAGUGAUUUAUUACUAUGGUAAGCCAUUUAUCCUAUUGUGAUUAUAUGUUCUGCUUGAUAAACUUAAGAAUAUGAAUAUUUUUAUGUCAAUGUUAUUGUAAAUGACUCGUAUAUUUUAAACAUAAUUAAAAUAUAUGGGCUAAAAUUAUAGAGUGUACACAUACUAUUACAAAAUCUCAACAAUUUAUUCUGUGUUACGUGGACAUAGCACUGGCUUUUAUGUAAUAUACAUUUGUGGUUUUUCUGUUUUGCCAGAAAUAUAAAUAUAUGUUCAUUAGAGCGAGUGCUUCGCUGCCUAGCCCUCCCCUAUAGGCUCUAGGUGUCCUUUGAUUAUCUUUUUGACCUCUAGGUGUCCUUAGUUUAUUUUUUAACCUGCUCCUUUUGGCAUUUCCCCCUUCAUUUCAUUUUGUUUCCUCCUUGCAGUCUUACAAACAGACAGGCUAAGCUAAAAAGAAACGAUGGGAGUGGGAGGGGCAGACUUGAGAAGAUUUAAUUUCAUUGAAAAUUUAUGUUUCACCAUAUUGCUUCAUGGCCCCUACAAUUUUAGCAUAAUAAGAUAGACUACUCCCAAAACAAUGAAUCUGUUUUGCUUGAUAUAUACUCUGAACUCUUAAGCAAAUAGUAUUAUUUAUA